AUGCAAAUCCACGAUAGGCUCAAAGCUACCCGUGAUAGGCAGAAGAGCUAUGUAGAUAAGAGGCGAAAACCUUUUAAGUUCCAAAUUGGGGACAAAGUUCUAUUAAAAGUAUCACAUUGGAAAGGUGUCACGAGAUUUGGAAAGAAGGGCAAGUUGAGCCCGAGAUAUAUUGGACCAUUCGAGAUAACCGAAUGUGUCAGUUCCGUAGCUUGUAGACUUAAGCUACCUUACAAACUCAGUGGAAUCCAUGAUGUGUUCCACAUCUCAAAUUUAAAGAAAUGUCUAGCAGAUGCGUCGCUAGCAAUGCGGCACCAUGAUGUGCAAAUUGAUGAAAACCUAAGCUUCAUUGAGAAACCGAUUUCGAUCGAGGAUCGACAGGUUAAAAAGUUACGUAAGAAACGGAUCCCCAUCGUGAAAGUCAAAUGCGAUUCCCGUCGUGGCCCAGAAUAUACAUGGGAGGUGAAUUAUGCCGCCAAGACAAAGAGGAAGAGGAAAGGGUCCUAUGUAGGGAGGACCAUCACGAAAACUACCAUCACACUUGCAUCACUCGAGAUCUCCCCAGCAUUUGAGUGA